UUCCAGCAGAAGAGAUCAGACUCUUCAGGACUCAGCUGUGUGUUUGUACAAACUUUACUAAUAUUCAGAGAUGGAGACUCCUGAUCUGGACACAGAUAAUGUUUCUCCACCAUCAAACAACUGUAAACUCCAGGGAAAGAGAUCAGAAUCACCAGCACCCAGCUGUAUCUCCAUUAAGAGUGAUGAGUCUAUGGAUAAACCACUGUAUUUUACAGAUGGAGACUCCUUACUUCUACACAGUAAACUCCAGCAAAAGAGAUCAGAAUCACCACCACCCAGCUGUAUCCCCAUGAAGAGUGAUGAGUCUAUGCUUCAGCCUCUUGCUUUUAAAGAUGGAGACUCCUCAUUUCUACACAGUGUUCUACAGAAGGCAGGAGAAAUGAAGAUCACAGAUACAGGGAACCACCCAGAAUCUGCUGCUGUAAAUGAAGUCCAGAAAAAGUUCAGAUUAAAUCUGAUGAAGAAGUUUCAGUGUUUGAAUGGAGUGAUAAUAAACCUGGGAACCCAAACCCUCCUGAAUGAGAUCUACACAGAGCUCUACAUCACAGAGGGAGACAGUGGAGAAGUCAAUAAUGAACAUGAGGUGAGACAGAUGGAGGCAGCGUCCAGGAGAACAACAACAGAGGAAACACCAAUCAAAUGUAAUGACAUCUUUAAGCCUUUAUCUGAACAAGACAAACCCAUCAGAUCUGUGCUGACGAAGGGAGUCGCUGGCAUCGGAAAAACAGUCUCUGUGCAGAAGUUCAUUCUGGACUGGGCUGAAGGGAAAGCAAAUCAGGACGUCCACCUCAUAUUUCCACUUCCUUUCAGAGAGCUGAAUUUGAUGAAGGACCAGAAACUGAGUCUGAUGGAGCUCCUUCAUGUUUGUUUUAGGGAAACAAAAGAAACAGAAAUGUCCAGUUUGGAAAAGGUUCUGUUCAUUUUUGACGGAUUGGACGAGUGUCGUUUUCCUCUAGAUUUCCAGAAGACAGUGAGAGUGUGUGAUGUAACUGAAUCAGCAUCAGUGCAGGAGCUGCUGAUAAACCUGAUCAAAGGGAAUCUGCUUCCCUCUGCUCUCAUCUGGAUCACCUCCCGACCAGCAGCAGCUGAUCAAAUCCCCUCUGAGUGUGUGCAUCGAGUCACAGAGGUACGAGGGUUCAGUGACCCACAGAAGGAGGAGUACUUCAGGAAGAGAAUCAGUGACCAGAGCCUGGCCAAUAACAUCAUCACACACCUGAAGUCAUUAAGAAGUCUCUACAUCAUGUGCCACAUCCCAGUCUUCUGCUGGAUUUCAGCCACUGUUCUAGAGAGAAUGUUGGGUGAAGCAGAGAGUGGAGAGAUCCCCAAGACUCUGACUCAAAUGUACACACACUUCCUCAUCAUUCAGACAAACAUCAUAAGAGAAAAAUACUCCAAGAAGCAGGAGAGUGAUGAAGAAAUGCUUCUUAAACUGGGACAACUGGCUUUUCAGCAGCUGAAGAAAGGGAACCUGAUCUUCUAUGAGGAAGACCUGAGAGAGUGUGGCAUUGAUGUGAGAGAAGCAGCAGUGUACUCAGGUGUGUGUACACAGAUCUUCAGAGAGGAGUUUGGACUUCACCAGGGUAAAGUGUACUGCUUUGUUCAUUUAAGUGUUCAAGAACAUCUCGCAGCUCUGUAUGUGCACCUGACAUUUAUGAAGGAGAAGAGAAAUGUUCUUGAUUCAUAUCUGUAUUCAUGGCCGAUGAAGGAAAAAAAUCCAAUCUCAGAUGUACACAAGAGUGCUAUAAAUCAGACUUUAGAAAGUCAGACUGGACAUCUGGAUCUUUUCCUUCGCUUUCUUCUGGGUCUCUCACUGGAAUCCAAUCAGAAACUCUUACCUUCUUUAGUAACACAGACAGGAAGUAGCUCCCAGAGCAUAAAGCAUAAAGCAGUUCAGUACAUUAAGAAGAAGAUCAGUGAAGAUCUUCCUACAGAGAAAUCCAUUAAUCUGUUCCACUGUCUGAAUGAACUGGGUGAUAAUUCUCUAGUGGAGGAAAUCCAACUCUACCUGAAAUCUGGAAAACAAAGUGACCUCUCUUCUUCACAGUGGUCUGCUCUGGUGUUUGUGUUACUGACCUCAGCACAGGAGCUGGAAGAAUUUGACCUGAGUAAAUAUUUCAGUACAGAUAAGAUAACAGAAACUGUUGUUCUGAAGAUGAUGCCUGUGAUUGCAGCAUCCAGAAAAGCAAUUAUCAGGUGUAAAUCACUUGGAGUGGAAAGUUGGUCAGCUCUGGUCUCAGAGCUGAGCUCAAAAACCUCUAGUCUGAGAGAUCUGACUGUGCAAACACUGGAUCUGUCCUGGAAUAAUUUAGGAGACUCAGGAGUGAAGAGUCUCUCUGCUGGACUGGAGAAUUCUCACUGUAAAGUGGAGACACUGAGGUUGUGUAAGUGUGGUGUUUCAGAUGAAGGCUGUGCUUCUCUGACUUCAGCUCUGAGAUCAAACCCCUCACACCUGAGAUACCUGGAACUGUCCCGUAAUAAUCUAGGAGACUCAGGAGUGAAGAGUCUCUCUGCUGUACUGGAGAAUCCUCUCUGUAAACUGGAGACACUGAGGUUGCAUGAUUGUGGUAUCUCAGAUGAAGGCUGUGCUGCUCUGACUUCAGCUCUGACAUCAAACCCCUCACACCUGAGAGAACUGAAUCUGUCUGAGAAUAAUCUAGGAGACUCAGCAGUGAGGAGUCUCUCUGCUGUACUGGAGAAUCCUCACUGUAAACUGGAGACACUGUGGUAAGAUCAUCUCUCUGAGAGUCACAUGACCUGCUCCUCAGUAAGACACAUUCUCUAAUAGUGAGACUGGAGCAGAAGUUUUAGGUUCAUCAUCAAUGUCCUGAGGAGGAAGAUUGUUUCUUUUCACUGCACACUGAUGAUUUUUCACAGACUCUGAUGUGACUGCAAUGUGUCUGAAAUUACUGUGAAAUUUACUAAAACAUUGUAAUUAAUCACACAAAUUGCACCUGCUGCAGGGUUUAAAAGCAGCUAUGAAACAUUUUAUACUUGAUAUAAUGUAGUUUAAGUUCAUGGUAGUGUUUCUAUUUCACCAUGAUUCAGUCUUUAUUUAUUUGAUUCUGAAAGAUCUAAAAUGAUAUAAAUGCACUAAAAAGGUUAUGGAGAAACACAUAUUAUCUCUCCCUUUCUCUCUCUCUUUCUCUCUCUCUCUCUCUCUGAUAGUGUGUAUGCAUGAAUGCAUGCGUGUCAGGGAGUCAGCUACCAGCAUUGUGCUUUUUAACAGUGACUAAAAAUACACUCCUGAACAAAGUCUUAAGAGCGGGGAAACAUUACAAGUAUUCAAAUUUCAUGUUGGUUGAUCAUAACCAGGUUGAAAGUACUGCUUCAAAAUGCCAAAAAGAAGAAACAUGAACAAGCAACAAAGAAAGAGAGCAGGCUAUUUAUUGAAAACUGAAUUUUAACUGAAAUGGGCUGUUUAUCAGUUGGUCAAAAGUUUAAGACCACAGGCCAAAAAACAAAAAUACAACAGAACUCCGUAGUGAGUACCCCCACCAUUCUUGUUGAUCACUUCAGACAUUCGUUUCGGCAUGCUUGAUGUUACCAGGAGUCUGUUGGAAACGUUGGUUCAUGUGGUAAAGAUGGCUUCACGAAGGGCAUCCACAGUAUAGAACUGACGUCCAAUUUUGUAAACUUCCCUUGCUGUCCACCCCCAAAUAUUCUCAGUGGGAUUUAGAUCAGGGGAACACACAGGAUUGUCCAAAGGUAUGCCACUAUUCUCCUAGAAGAGGUCCUUUAUCAGACGGGCAUUGUGAAUUGCAGCGUUAUCCUGUUGCAAGACCCAGUCAUUACUGCACAGACAAGGGCCCUCAGUCAAAAUGGAUGCCUGCUGCAGUAUGUCCACAUAGCCAGCCACCAUUUGACACCCCUGCACAACCUGAAGAUCCAUUUUCCCACUGAAGGAAAAAGCACACAAAUCAUGAUGGAGCCUCCUCCUCUGUGCUGUGUAGAAAACAUCUCCAGUGGGAUCUUAUUGUCAUGCCAGUAAUGUUGGAAGCCAUCAGAACCAUCCAGGUUAAAUUUUUUCUUAUCAGAGAAUAAAACUUUUUUUUCACCUUUCAAUGUCCCAUGUUUGGUGCUCCCUUGCAAAUUUUAAAUGUGCAAGUUUGUGAUGUGGGAGGAGACUGGUCUUUUUUUUGCUUUUUGAGCCCAUUUCUCACAUAUGCCAUCUUAUGGUUAUUGGGCUGCAGUCAGCAUCAGUAAGGGCCUUAAUUUGGGUCAAUAUUCGGCCUGUGUCUUGACCCACAGCCUGUCGGAUUCUCUUUUUUUGUUUGUGAAAUUUUUUUGGGUCUACCACUUGACACUUUGUCCCAUAAUUCUCAGGAUCUUUUACAAAAUUAAAAAUGACUGUCUUACUGCAUCCAACUGUGGCUGUGAUGUCACGUUGUGAGAGGUCUUGCUUGUGGAGCUCAACAAUCCUGCCACAUUCAAAGACAGAAAGCCUUUUUGCUUUUGCCAUCAGGACGUCAUGACUAUGUGACUGCCUCAAGGACAUGGAAGCCACUUUUUUGUGCAGAUUUUUUUGUGCAGAUAAUUUUAAGUCUAUGGUCUUUUGAUGAGCUGAUAAACAGCCUGUUUGCGUUUAAAUUAAAUUAGAUUUUUUUUUUUUAAAUUGAAUUAGAUACAUACAUAACCAAUAUAUUUCUGUUUUUUGUUUUUUUUUUUGCUGGAACUACUCUUCUUAUUGUUUGGAUCAAACCCCUCACACCUGAGAGACCUGAAUCUGUCUGGUAAUAAUCUAGGAGACUCAGGAGCGAAGAGUCUCUCUGCUGUACUGGAGAAUCCUCACUGUAAACUAGAGACAAUAAGGUUGUAUAAUUGUGGCAUCUCAGAUGAAGGCUGUGCUGCUCUGACUUCAGCUCUGAGAUCAAACCCCUCACACCUUACAUACCUGAAUAUGUCCUUCCAAGGAGACUUGGGAAAGAAGCCGCUCUCUGCUCUUAAGGAUGAUUAACAUUAGAAACUACAGAUACUACGGCUGUAAUGAAUAUCUGUGUGUGAUGAAGACUCCAGUGUUCCUGCAUGUUGGGGAAUAGAGAAGAUGUUUAUAAACACAUCACUCAUUUAGUUAUAACACAUUAAACAGACUCAGAGAAGUGUGUGUUCAUCGUGCAGAGUGAAUCAGACUACACACGAUUCUACACUGAGUGUAUAACGACCUCUGAUCCCUGGAUAAAAUUCCCUGAACUUCAAUCCCAUAACAAAAUCCUGAGGGAUAAUUUCAAACAGCAGGUGAAAAAUCACAUGAAAUUGAGCUGAACACAGUCACUGAAAGAGAGAAAUAAAAUGGACAGGAACAGUUUCAGGACAUUGGUGGAAUUCUCAUAUGACAUGAUUGGAGUUCAUCUGAGGAGUUUAUCUGAGAUGUUUAUCUGAGGAGUUUUUUUUUUUUUUUUUAAAUUUGAUCUGAGGAAUUUAUCUGAUAAAGCCCAUAGGAAGCUUUCUACAUCACAUUUAAUGUCCCAUUGCUAAACGCCAACAACUAACAGUUGUAUAAUGUAGUUUUGGUGGUUUGUGAUUUUACUGUUUGUGUUUAUUAUUUGAUAAUAACUGUAAUGAUUUACACUUUUUACACAUGCAUAGUUGCAGCUAAUUUGUUGGAUACAUAACUA